AUGGCUAGUAUGGCCAGCAAUCUGCAGAAAAUUCUUCGACAACAUAUACCAAUGAUCCAAUUUCGAUACGGGGCGAAUCGAUCAGGUUCAGCCACCCAUGCAACGAAAGAGAACGUGAAGGAUUCAUCAAGUGUAGUGAAUAAAGCUGGUGCUACCUCCCCAACGAAAACAGUUCAACAAGCUGGUACAUUUGAAUUUGUGCAAACACCAGCUAAGUAUCGUCGACGCUCAUUAACCCAAGAAGAGAUUGACCUCGUUGCGAUUGGCGGAUCUGUUUAG